AGCCCCCAUGACAAGAAAUCACGGAUGUCCAAUGUCAGCUCCAUCAGCCAGUUCCUCCUCCUGCCAUUCGCAGACACGCGGCAGCUGCAGCUCUUGCACUUCUGGCUCUUCCUGUUCCUCCUCCUCACCCUCUCUGUCCUUGACCUGGGCUGCAUUUCCACCACUGUCCCCAAAGCCACGGCCAAUUCCCUCUGGGACAACUGUUACAUCUCCUACAAAGGGUGUGUGGCCCAGCUUUUUUUUUUUCUCUUCCUGAUAUCAGCAGAGUAUUGUGUUCUCACCAUCAUGGCCUAUGACCGCUACGUGGCCAUCUGCCAACCGCUGCACUACGGGACCCUCCUGGGCACCAGAGCUUGUGCCCACAUGGCAGCAGCUGCCUGGGCCAGUGGAUUUCUCACUGCUCUCCUGCACACGGCCAAUACAUUUUCACUGCCCCUCUGCCAGGGAAAUGCUGUGGGACAGUUCUUCUGUGAAAUCCCACAUAUCCUCAAGCUCUCCUGCUCCCACACAGAAUACCUCAGGGAAGUUGGGCUUAUUGUGAUUAGUGCCUCUUUUGUAUCUGGCUGUUUUGUUUUCAUCAUGGUGUCCUAUGCUGAGAUCUUCAAGGCUGUGCUGAGGAUCCCUUCAGAGCAGGGACGGCAAAAAACCUUCUCCACGUGCCUC